GCAAACAUUAACACGAAUCUAGCGAACGUUAGCUAGCCGUCUUGCGAACGGUUAUUUUUUUGCACAUUGCCUCAUAUUUUGGAAUACCGUUAGUUGCAGUACCGGUACAACCUGUAGCUACCGUUUUGACUGCUCUUCCAACUCAAUCCAACCGUGUUGCUAGGUAAAUGAGGAUGCCGGGUACCAGGUUUCAGAGUGGGGACAUGGUGAUGGGCCGCUGGCCUGGUAGCAGCCUGUUCUACGAAGUCAAGGUGCUGAGCUACGAUGCCAAGAUUCAGCUCUACACGGUCAUCUACAAGGAUGGCACUGAGCUGGAGCUCAGAGAGGUUGACAUGAAGAGUCCAACUGGCUUUAAACCAAGCCAUCGCUCUCGUUCUCGCUCCCGCUCUCCGUCGCGGCGGCGCAGUCGUUCCCGUUCUCCAGCCAGGACCACCCGGCGCUCCUCGUCACGCACCACCAGUGGCACCUUCGCCACAGAGACGUCCGCUGCACGCAAGGAGCCCAAAAUGAAAGAAGUGCUGGAGAUCAGACUCAGCCCUGUGGCUAGGCCAGUUGAGAACAAUGGCCACAAUAAGCAUGAAAACAAAAAGAAUGAUACUGCUGACAAAGUCAAUGAGAACCCUGCAGAGGCUGAGCAAGAGAAGAAGAUAUUAGAGAGCCGCUACAACCUCAGACGCAGAAAGGAUGACGGUGACGCCAAGCCAGCCGAGCAGACAGAGGAAAAGGAAGCUGAGCAGAAGCCUGCAGCAGCCACAGCCCCCAUCACCACUGAGCUGGAGUUUGGAGGGAGGCUAGGAGUGUCCUGCAUGAUGCUGUUCUUGCCUGUGGCCGUGUUGGGACUGAUGGUGGUUUGCAGUCAGGAGGAUGCUAGCCUGAUGAGCCCCCCUUCUCUGCCUGCCCUGGACUCCCUGUUGGAUCCACAUGUGUUUGGCAUGGUGGUCCUCUGGUUCCUCUUCCAGGCCCUGCUCUACGUGCUGCCUGUCGGAAAGGUUGUAGAAGGAAUCCCCCUGAAGAAUGGAGAGUGGCUGAAGUACAGAAUGAACAUCCUCCAUGCCUUUGUGCUGACGGUGGCUACCCUGGGGGCUGCAGUGCAUCAGGGGAUGGACCUCAGCUACAUCCACAGCCACUUCCUCCAGCUGGCUGUGUCUUCCCUGCUCUUCUCUGUCCUGCUCAGUGUCUAUCUGUACGUCCGCUCUCGCUGGGCACCCCAGGACCAGCUGGCCCCCAGAGGAAACUCUGGGAGUGUGAUUUAUGACUUCUUCAUGGGAAGUGAACUCAACCCCCGGAUCAAGGGCUUUGAUCUCAAAUACUUCUGUGAGCUGCGCCCAGGAUUGAUGGGUUGGCUGGUGAUCAACGCUGCCAUGGCUCUGGCUGAGAUGAAACUCCAUAACCUGGACUACCCUUCACCAGCCAUGAUCCUGGUCAACUGCUUCCACCUGUUCUAUGUGCUUGAUGCCUACUGGCAUGAGGAGGCUGUCCUGGGCUAUAUGGAUACAACCCAUGCUGGAUUUGGCUUCAUGCUGGUGUUUGGAGACUUGAUGUGGGUUCCCUUCACCUUCAGUCUCCAGUCCUACUACCUGGUUCACCACCCCAACCACCUCUCUCUGCCCUGUAUCGUAGGCAUCGUUACUCUCAAUGUCAUUGGAUUUUGCAUCUUCCGUAAAGCAAACUCGCAGAAAAACGCCUUCAGAAGAAAUCCUUCAGACCCUACAUUAUCCCAUCUGAAGACCAUCCCUACUGCCACGGGGAAGACUCUCCUGGUGUCUGGUCUGUGGGGGCUUGUCCGUCACCCCAACUACCUGGGGGACCUCAUCAUGGCUCUGGCAUGGUCACUACCCUGUGGGUUCACCCACAUCCUGCCAUACUUCUAUGUGAUCUACCUAACCACCCUGUUGGUCCACCGGGAGGCCCGGGAUGAGGCCCAGUGUAGGAGGAAGUACGGCUCGGUGUGGGACGACUACUGCCGAGAGGUCCGCUACCGCAUCAUCCCCAGAGUCUACUGAAACCUUAGCCACCCCGACCUCCAACCAACUCCACGGUCUCCAAUUCUGCAAGCUCACAACUCAGCGCAUGGCUACAUGAGUUUGUAGAAACAAGUUGUUUGGAAAUUAGAAUUUAAAGACAUUGGGAAACUUGAAUUUCGAAAAGGGGGAAGCUUGAUUCUUGGAAGUUCCGCAGGAGCAGCUUUCUUUGAAGUGUUAUGGUUUUAUGAAGGUACACACUAAUUAGCUGACUGAAUUUGAUUAAUGCCUUUUAAGAGAAAAAAGGUUUCAAAAUUGAAGAAAAAAGAAGCCUCAGUCUGUGGAAUGGAUGUAUAUAUUUUUGUACAUAUACUUUUUUUUUUUACUUCAAAUACCUGUUAACAUAAUAUUGCAUAUUUGAUCUGUUUAAGUUUUCACUCCCAUAUCCAAUUACAAUAUUUGCUUGGCUUUAAUUUUGAAAGGAUACCUUUGGUAUACAUUGCUUUUUGUGUAUAUUGUCAAUGAUGGGAAUUAAAUGCUCUUUUAUCUGUACAGUUAAAAUGGGAUUAACGAUCUUCCUCAGGACCACAACAUUCACAAAAUAGCAUUUAGACAUAUUUUUUUCUAUAUUUUUUAUAUAGAGAUGUAGCCUAGUGUUAACUGAGUGUAAAAAGAAAAAAAAAAAAAAAGUAUUUGGUUGUUUUAAAUGCACUAUGAAAGAUUGUAUUUUAUACCAAAAGUCUAUGAUUUGACUUUGCUUACUCCGGUUCACUGUCAAAUUCCUCCUCAGUCCUCUGGAUAGUAGUAUUGCUUAGGUUGUCUUCCCUCUGGAAAGUUAACUGUCUGUUGAACAAAUCCACAGUAUCUUAUUUAAAACCAUUACCAUCUGCAAGGGCACUUAGACAGUAUCCAAGUUAAGCACCUUAAGUUAUUCAAGACCUUACUUUUCAAAAUGACUGUUUUCACCAAGUUUAUACUGUGACAUUCUGCACGUGCAAUGCUGUGUCGCAAGUAUUUUCUGACCCAGCUGUAGAUGAGCAGUAUAGCAGCAAUACAAUAACUAGAAUAGGUGGCAUUUUAUGCGACUGAAUGCAAUGUAAAUAUUAGAUUUGUGUUUUUAUUUGAAGUACAAAAUAUGCAAGUGAUGCUAGAUCUUGUGUUUUACAAUUAGAUAUUUAAAGUUGCAUUUGAUUUCAACUGUUAAGUUAAUUGCCUGAAUUACCACUAGAUCUGCUGUUCUCUAGACAAUAUUACCAUGUCAUCUUUGGACAAAUGACAAGUAACAUUCUAACUAUUUGUCAUUGAGACCCAUUCUGUACUCAACCUUUGUUUUGACUGAUGGGACUGGCAACAAUUUCCUGUUUGGGUCAGCUGGCUGUUUGUUGAUGCUAAAACAAGUUGGAUGUAACUAGGACAGUGGAAGAAGACCCAAUGUUCAUGAUUUGUUCAAUGUCUGUCUCCAACGGAAAACAUGACAAUGGCUGGAAAGCUCGCAUUGUACAAACGUUUUGGCAAAAAAAUAAAGGUUUACACUCACAG